AUGUUAUCAUCUAGGACGAAAUCAAGAUUUCAGGAUCCUCCGACACCGACACAUCCAGCGUUUGACAAAACAGAGAUGAAGUCCGGUCGGAGAUCCGGGAUUUUGAAAUCUGGGUUUCUUGGGAAAAGCCCUAAUGCGGGUACUCCAGGUCGAGGUGGGGUCUUGGAUGAAGAAGAAGAGGAAGAUCCGUUUCUCGACGAGGAUUUACCGGAGGAAUACAAAAGGGACAAACUUAGCAUCUGGGUUUUUCUUGAAUGGUUAAACCUUGUUCUGAUAGUAACUAGUUUGGUCUGUAGCUUUACCGUACAUAACUUGCAACGCAAGACAUGGUGGAAGCUAGAUUUGUGGAAAUGGGAAGUGACGGUUUUGGUGUUGAUAUGUGGGAGAUUAGUCUCGAGUUGGAUAGUGAGGAUCAUUGUCUUCUUGGUCGAGAAGAACUUCCUGUGGAGGAAAAGGGUUUUGUACUUCGUCUACGGUGUGAGCAAAUCUGUUCAAAACUGCUUGUGGUUAGGGCUAGUGUUGCUCGCGUGGCAUUUCUUGUUCGAUAAGAAAGUCGAAAGAGAGACUCGUAGCACGGCGCUUCAGUACGUGACGAGAGUGUUGGUGUGUUUGCUCGUAGCUGUUAUCAUCUGGUUGGUUAAAACAAUUCUGGUUAAGGUUCUUGCUUCAUCGUUCCACAUGAGCACUUACUUCGAUCGGAUCCAGGAGUCGUUGUUCACUCAAUACGUAAUUGAGACUCUCUCGGGUCCUCCUUUGAUGGAGAUUCAGAGAAUGGAGGAAGAAGAGCAAAAGGUAACAGAGGAUGUCAAAAGCUUAGAGAAACUAGCUGGAGCUAAGUUGCCUCCAGCUCUAAAGGAGACUGUUAAAAGUUUUAUGAAAGUCGGGAGAGCACCAGCUGGACGGACUCGGAUUGGUUCCAAGAAAGGAGUAGAUAGGGACGGGAUCAGGAUUGAUCAUUUGCAGAGAAUGAACACAAAGAAUGUAUCUUUUUGGAACAUGAAGAGAUUAAUGAACAUUCUACGAAAAGGCGCUCUUUCUACUUUGGAUCAAAAGAUUCAGGACACAAGUCAGGAGGAUGAAGACGCUACGCAGAUAAGAAGCGAGUACGAAGCUAAAUGUGCAACUAGGAAGAUUUUCCACAAUGUCACCGAGCCAGGAUCCAGGAAUAAUGAAGCCAAAAUGAUAGAGAAGAUUGCGAGAGAUGUUUCAGAUAAUUAA